CGAGGGCGGGCCUUCCGGGUGUGUGCUUCCGGCGUCGGCGGCCGCGGCCGGGGACGGUGUGAGAGCGGUAAGAUGGCGGCCGCAGCGGUGGUAGAGUUCCAGAGAGCUCAGUCUCUACUCAGCACCGACCGGGAGGCCUCCAUCGACAUCCUCCACUCCAUCGUGAAACGUGACAUUCAGGAAAAUGAUGAGGAGGCAGUCCAGGUCAAAGAGCAGAGCAUCCUUGAACUGGGGUCUCUUCUGGCGAAGACUGGACAAGCUGCUGAGCUUGGAGGACUCCUGAAGUAUGUACGACCUUUCUUGAAUUCUAUCAGUAAGGCUAAAGCAGCUCGCCUGGUCCGAUCUCUCCUUGAUCUGUUUCUUGAUAUGGAAGCAGCUACAGGGCAGGAGGUCGAGCUAUGUUUAGAGUGCAUCGAAUGGGCCAAAUCAGAGAAAAGAACUUUCUUACGCCAAGCAUUGGAGGCAAGGCUGGUGUCUUUGUAUUUUGAUACUAAGAGGUACCAGGAAGCAUUGCAUUUGGGUUCUCAGCUGCUACGGGAGUUGAAAAAGAUGGAUGAUAAAGCCCUCUUGGUGGAAGUACAGCUUUUAGAAAGCAAAACAUACCAUGCUUUGAGUAAUCUGCCGAAAGCCCGAGCUGCCUUAACCUCUGCUCGAACCACAGCCAAUGCCAUCUACUGCCCCCCUAAAUUGCAGGCAACCUUGGACAUGCAGUCAGGCAUUAUUCAUGCAGCAGAGGAGAAGGACUGGAAAACUGCUUACUCAUACUUCUAUGAGGCAUUUGAAGGCUAUGACUCCAUUGAUAGCCCCAAGGCUAUCACAUCUCUGAAGUACAUGUUGUUGUGCAAAAUCAUGCUCAACACCCCAGAAGAUGUCCAGGCUUUGGUGAGCGGAAAGCUUGCACUUCGGUAUGCAGGGAGGCAGACAGAAGCAUUGAAAUGUGUGGCUCAAGCUAGCAAAAACAGAUCACUGGCAGAUUUUGAAAAGGCCUUGACAGACUACCGGGCAGAGCUCCGGGAUGACCCAAUCAUCAGCACACACUUGGCCAAGUUGUAUGAUAACUUACUGGAACAGAAUCUGAUCCGGGUCAUUGAACCUUUUUCCCGAGUACAGAUUGAGCACAUAUCUAGCCUCAUCAAACUCUCCAAGGCCGACGUGGAAAGAAAAUUAUCACAGAUGAUUCUUGACAAGAAGUUUCAUGGGAUUUUGGACCAGGGGGAAGGCGUCCUUAUCAUUUUCGAUGAGCCCCCCGUAGAUAAAACUUACGAGGCCGCCCUGGAAACCAUUCAGAACAUGAGUAGAGUAGUGGACUCCCUCUACAGCAAAGCCAAGAAGCUGACAUAGGAGAGUUGGAUCUGUAGCGGUCCUUUGGAGAGUGUGUGUGGCAGGAGAGUGACCCUUGGGGAGAUGCUAGGAGAUUCUUUUCUUUCUGUUCUACUUUUCGCUCGGAAAGUUUUUAACCUUCAUUGGUGCAUCUGUAUCCAGCGAUAGGCGGCCAGUUCUCAUGUAAUCAGCACUGGCCAACAUGGGAGUGGGGAAAUUGCUUAAAAAAAAGAAAAAAGAAAAAAAAAGAUUCUAAAUAAAAGGAAAAAGGCUUACACUA